AUGGCAUCAGUGUCGUCCAGCUCUUGUCUCAGCAAGGCCGUGCGUCAGCACUACAUGAGCCUGCCGCAGGGAGAGAAGUGCCAGGUCACCUACAUCUGGAUCGACGGCACAGGAGAGGAACUUCGCAACAAGACCCGAACCCUGGACAGCGAACCAGAAAGCAUAAACGAUAUUCCUGAAUGGAACUUUGAUGGCUCGAGCACGUACCAGGCCGAAGGCUCCAACAGUGACAUGUACCUCAUCCCAGUCCGCAUGUUCAGGGAUCCAUUCACCCUCGACCGCAACAAACUGGUCCUCUGUGAAGUCCUCAAGUACAACCGCCUACCUGCAGAGACUAACGAACGAGCUAGCUGCAACAAAGUGAUGGAGGAGGUUAAAGAUCAUCACAUGUGGUUUGGUAUGGAGCAGGAGUACACACUCUUGGGAAUAGAUGGACAUCCUUUUAGUUGGCCCGUGCAUGGAUACCCAUCACCGCAGGGCCCUUACUACUGUGGGGUGGGGGCGAAAAAUGCUUAUGGACGGGACAUUGUGGAGUGUCACUACAAGGCCUGCCUCUACGCAGGGGUCAAAAUCUGUGGCACCAAUGCUGAAGUUAUGCCAUCUCAGUGGGAGUUCCAGGUGGGUCCCUGUGAGGGUAUUGAGAUGGGCGACCAUCUGUGGGUUGCACGCUAUCUGCUGCACCGUGUGUGUGAAGAUUUUGGGGUUGUGGCAACACUGGACCCCAAACCAAUUACGGGCAACUGGAACGGUGCUGGUUGCCACACAAAUGUCAGCACCAUGCAGAUGAGGGAAGAGAGAGGACUGCAAUACAUCGAGGAGGCCAUCGAGAAGCUGAGGAAAAAACACAGCAAACACAUCCGCGUCUAUGACCCUCGUGGAGGCCAGGACAACGCGAGACGUCUCACAGGUCUCCAUGAAACCUCCAGCAUCAACGACUUCUCUGCCGGAGUGGCUAACCGAGGCGCCAGCAUCCGCAUCCCUCGCCAGGUGGGCCAAGAGAAAAGAGGGUACUUCGAGGACCGCCGCCCUGCAGCAAACUGUGACCCCUAUGCUGUGACAAAGGCCAUUGCACACACCUGCCUGCUAGAUUCAGAAGAGGAAGAGGAUUGA